AUGGAUCUGGCGACGACCCCGGCGCGGCGGCCCAUGGAGCCAGGUCUGGCGCGGCGUCUGUGGCACGUGGUGCUGGCCGUGUGCCACAUGCUGCGGCGCAGCCUAUCCCCGAAGCGCAUCAUGAUGGACGUCCACCUCCUCCUGGGCCGCGACAAGCUCGUCGGGCGGACGCUGCGCGGCCACCUCGCGCACAAACCGUCGAGCCACCACCUCACCAACUACGGCGGCACGUCGUCCCGCGCGUCGUCGUCCUCCUCCUCCUCCACGCUCGCCUCGUUCUACGGCCACCACCAGGAGGUAGAGUUCAGCUGCACCACCACGCCGUCGUACCCGCAGGGGCUCUUCGUCCCCUUGAAGUGCCACGGCGGUGGCGGCCGGGCGCGCGGCGAGCAGUACGGCGGCCUCGACGCGGUGGUCGUGGCGCGCGCGUUCGAGAUGCUCAGCGCAGAGGUGGACGCCGGGGGCGGCACCCCCGCGGUCGCGCCGUCGACCAUGGUGACCACCGCGACGCCAUCGCCCAUGGUGGCGUGGAUCCUGGGCCGCAGCCCCACCGGGGUCCACCUGCUGCGCGUCACCGACUCGCCGUUCCCGGUCGUGCCUGAGGACGGGUGCUGCAACGAGCACGUGAACGCUGAGGCCGACGACUUCAUACGGAAGUUCUACGAGCAGCUCAGGCUACAGCCGACCACCGCCACGCCGGACGCCUACCAGCGCCGCAGCGGUUAG